AUGCCCCGGAUUAUGAUCAAAGGCGGCGUUUGGCGCAACACAGAGGAUGAAAUCCUUAAAGCGGCGGUUAUGAAAUAUGGCAAGAAUCAAUGGUCUCGUAUAGCUUCAUUACUGCACAGAAAAUCUGCUAAACAAUGCAAGGCUCGUUGGUACGAGUGGUUAGAUCCCAGCAUCAAAAAGACAGAGUGGUCACGCGAAGAAGACGAGAAGCUGCUUCACUUAGCGAAACUGAUGCCAACACAAUGGAGAACUGUUGCGCCAAUUAUUGGGCGCACAGCUGCCCAAUGUCUGGAAAGAUACGAAUACUUACUGGACCAGGCCCAGAAGAAAGAGGAGGGGGAGGAUAUGGGUGAUGAUCCUCGUAAACUGAAACCUGGUGAAAUUGACCCGAAUCCUGAGACAAAGCCUGCCAGACCUGACCCUAAAGAUAUGGAUGAAGAUGAACUCGAAAUGUUAUCGGAGGCGCGUGCGCGUUUGGCUAACACGCAAGGCAAGAAAGCUAAGAGAAAGGCCCGUGAAAAACAAUUGGAAGAGGCAAGGCGCCUUGCUGCUCUGCAGAAGAGGAGGGAGCUUAGUGCUGCUGGGAUUGCUGUGCCUAUUAGGCGCAAGAAAAAACGUGGAGUAGAUUAUAAUUCUGAGAUUCCAUUCGAGAAGAAGCCUGCGGCUGGUUUCUACGACACAUCUACUGAAGUGGUAGAUCCAAUGGCCCCUGACUUCUCACGCUUGAGGCAGCAACAUCUUGAUGGGGAACUACAUUCUGAAAAGGAGGAGAGGGACAGGCGCAAGGACAAGCAGAAGCUGAAGCAGCGUAAGGAAAAUGAUGUGCCACAAGCAAUGCUAAUGGGAGACCAGCCAGCGAGGAAGCGUAGCAAGCUGGUGUUGCCAGAACCACAAGUUACUGAUCAGGAGUUGCAGCAGGUGGUGAAGCUGGGCCGCGCGUCGGAGGCGGCGCGCGAGACGGCGGGCGGGGGCGGCGCCACGGACGCGCUGCUGGCCGAGUACGCGCUCGCGCCCGCCGCGCCGCACGCGCUGCGCACGCCGCUGCAGCACCAGGACAGAAUCCUGAUGGAAGCUCAGAAUGUAAUGGCGCUGACCCACGUCGAUACUCCUCUGAAAGGAGGUCUCAACACCCCCCUCCAUCAGCCAGACUUCUCUGGAGCCCUACCACAAUCGCAAACUGCCGCUACACCCAAUACGUUACUCGUCACCCCAUUCCGAUCAUCACGCACUGAAGUAUCUACACCUGGCAGUUUCAAUACACCCAGUCAAGGAGGAAAUCAAACUGCCUUGGCCACACCAGGACUUCGCGACAAACUGAGUAUUAACCCAGAAGAUAGACUGAAUGGAGGUGAUACACCGCAGAUGCAAAAUCAAUUACAAAAACAGCAAAAAGCGUCAGUUCGCAAUGCAUUAUCGUCCUUGCCAACACCUCGCAACGACUAUGAAAUCGUGGUUCCGGACCAAGAGGAUGAGCCUAUGGAUGGAACCGUCAACGACAUGAGGGUCGAGGACCAGGCCGACGCUGACGCCAGGUUGUUACAAGAACAGGAGGAAUUACGAGCGGCGGCGCUGAAGCUCCGCUCCCGGGCGGUGCAGCGCGGCUGCGUGCGGCCCGCGGACGUGAACGGGAGCGUGCUGCGCGGCGCCGCGCCCUCGCUCACGGCGCUGCAGCACGCCGAGGAGCUGCUCAAGGCCGAGAUGGUCACCAUGCUGCACUACGACGCGCUGCGGGACCCGCCCCCAGGCGUUGAUAAAAAACGAGCGGUUCAACUGCAAGCUUCACACCUAGCAUACUUAGAACAUCACCCCUACGAAGAAUUCUCGACCGACGAGCUCGAAGCCGCUAAGCAAGAGAUGAAGAAAGAAAUGGAAGUGGUCAAGGCCGGUAUGGGCCACGGCGAGCUCAGUAUGGAUGCGUACACGCAAGUGUGGGAAGAGUGUCUCGCUCAGGUACUCUUCUUGCCUGGGCAAAACAGAUAUACUCGCGCGAACUUAGCGAGCAAGAAAGACAGAUUAGAAUCUGCUGAGAAAAGGCUCGAACAGAACAGAAAUCACAUGGCAAAAGAGGCUAAGAAGUGUUCCAAAAUGGAGAAAAAGUUAAGAGUUUUAACAGGUGGUUACCAGAGUCGGGCAGCGUCACUCAUAAAACAAUUUCAAGAGUUACAAGAUCAAAUAGAACAGGCGAACUUGGAGCUUUCCACAUUCAAGUUUUUAGCUGAUCAAGAAAAGGCUGCAAUUCCUCGCAGGAUAGAGUCGUUAACGGAAGACGUGAACCGCCAAACUGAUCGAGAAAAGCAAUUGCAAAAGAGGUAUGCCGAAUUACAAGCGGAGUUGGAAGAUCUACACAAAAGACGACAUUCUAAAGACACAGAGUCGACACCCGUGGCUGCUGAUGAAUAA